GAAGCGAAACCGGGGAGGAGAAGGGAGGCAAAGCGAGGCGAGCCCAUCCAUGGAGCCGGGCUACUGGGCCCACCAGCUGGGCAACGCCGCUGCCCGGGGGGACGUGCAGGCCGUGCGGAUGCUGCUGGAGAGCGGGACCGACCCCAACGCGGUGAAUUUCUACGGCAGGACCCCGAUCCAGGUGAUGAUGAUGGGGAGCCCUCAAAUUGCAGCACUGCUUCUGGAGGCAGGGGCCAAUCCCAACAGGCCAGACCCCUCUUCCGGCUCCUUCCCAGCCCAUGACGCUGCCCGAGGGGGCUUCCUGGACACCCUAAAGGUGCUGCAUCAAGGAGGUGCCCACUUGGACUUGCCUGAUACCCAAGGCCACCUCCCCAGAGACUUAGCCCAAGAAGAGGGGCACAGCCACGUGGUCCAGUUCCUCUUGGGCCAAACUUGAUCUCUACUUCUUCAUGGAAGACUCUACAAGGAACCUUGCACACAGCCAUAUAACCCAGAAUAUCAAGGCAGAUAAUCCACAAUAUCUGCUUUGAACUGGGUUAUCUGAGUCCGCACUGCCAUAUGAUCCAGCUCUAUGUGGAUUUUAUACAGCUAUGUAGAAGGGGCCAAGAGAGAGCAAUGGAGAUCACCCCCUCUAGAAGUGAGGCAAUGGAUGAAGCUAUUGCACUAUAUAGAACCUUUGGCUGGCCCAUGACUGCACUGUACUUGCUUGACUCUCUCCUCUGCUGGAAGAAGCCUUUAUCCAGCAGUUCCCAAUCUUUGGUUUGGGGCCAUGAUUCUGAAACUCUGGUCUUCCAAGUCUUUUGGACCUCACCUCCCAGAGGCCCUGAGUAUUGGUCAAAGCAUCUUAGAUUUAGAAUCAUGCAAUCAAAUCUGAGAUUUGAGUCCAAAAUGCCUAGAAAACCAGAGUUGUCAUAAACUACUGUUUGGGGAUACUACUCCCAGAAGCCCCAGGGUGCAUCUACACCAGGGCUGGGUAAACUUUGUCCCUCCAGGUGUUUUGAACUUCAACUCUCACAAUUCCUAACAGCUGGUAGGUUGAAUUCCAAAACACCAGGAGGGCUGCAGUUUGCCUAUACCUGAUCUACACUACAGAAUGGAUGAAGUUUGGGCCCACUGCAAUGGCCGAAUGCUAUGGAAUCCUGGGAUUUACAGUUUGCUGAUACAUCAGCAGUCUUUUGCAGAAACGACUGAAGACCUUGUGAAAGUACAACUCCUAUGAUUUCAUAACAUUCAGCCAUGGUAGCCUGGAGUGGUGCCAAAUUGCAUUAAUUCUAAUGUGUAGAUGCAACCCCAGUCAGUUUGGCCAACAGUCAGGAAUUCUUAGGUACUACCUGCCUCUGCUACUCUGGCUAACUUUAGGUUGAGCAGGUUGUAUAUUGGUCACUACCACUCCCGACUUCAGACUUCUGUUACUUGAAGCAACUGUCUACCUAACUCUAGGAAAAUAUUAUUGGUAUGGUAAAUCAACUUUUAAUUUAUUUUAUUUAUGUUCAUCUCAGUGAUUAAAGAGAUAUUAUCGUGGCUACAGCAGGUAUAAUGAUAUCUCUUUACUGAGAUACUAAGAGCAGGUGUGUUUUUCAUAAUAAGAGAUAUACCACACAAUUGCUACAGCUAACAGAUGAGAAAUGCAAAAUAGUAGAUUUUGUUUACUGCCUUAAUUCAAAUUGUAAGAGUAUUUGACUUGGUGAAAAAAUGUACUUUAACUUCACAGACAAGGAAAUAAUAGUUUCUAUAAAUAUAGCUCAAAUUGUCAGAUUUAUAUCCAACCAUGCAUUUGAAAUAGUUUGCUUGGCCUGUGCCAUAGAAUUUUGCUGCCUUGAUCACAGUCUGUGCCUGUUGCUGUUGUGUGUCUUCUCAAGACCUCUUCCACACAGCUGAAUAAAAUCCCACAAUUUCUGCUUUGAACUGGAAUACAUGGCAGUGUGGAUUCAGGGCCCUUCCACACAGCCUUAUAUCCUAGAAUAUCA